AUGAGUUUACCGUGGACUUCAGAAGAAGAUAAGGAAAAUAAGAUAACGUUAGUUAGAGGUAAAUCUAAACAUUCUCAGUCUAUAAGCAGCAUUGAUUUGUCACACCUGUCUGCCACGUCUUCUCAGAGAACUUCAAUUAGACAUAAAUCUAAACACUCCCAAUCUAUAAGCAGCACUGACUUGUCUGGCUUGUCUGCGACGUCUUCUCGGAGAACUUCGAUUAGACAUAAAUCUAAGCAGUCUCCAUCUGAAAUCAGAAUUGCUAAGACUGACUUGUCAGCAUCACCUUCUCACAGACAAGAAACUCUGACGUCAGUUAAUUCAUUAUUGUUCGGUCAAGGCCUCAACAGUAUUGAUGCAAGCCAAAAUGGGAGCGGGACUGGGAAUUUGUCAUGUUUGUUUAGAGAAGCAGAACACAUCUGGGACCUUGUUAAUGAAAACAUGCCAGUGAUGGGAAUGAUAAAUGGAGAUGUGCUUGAAAGGAGGAUGAUGGAUUUUAAGAAAGAAUGUACAACAGAUAACAGUUUUCAUAAUGGUUUGUUUGACUCACCAAGAACUAUGGACAGUGGGAGCAUCUUGACAGCUGUGGGUAACAUAGGAAAUGCCAUGGCCAGUCUUGUUCAGACCACAGAACAAUUUCAACAGGCAAAGCCAUGA